AUGCCGCCUCAAGUGAUUCAGCAGCAGCAGCAAUCGCUAGCUUCAGAGAUGACUGCCCGGGAUAGACUAACGUCGUACAUCUACGAAUACCUCCAACAAACGGGCGCCUCAAAAACCGCCGAAACAUUUAAAGAAGAGGUUUUAAGUACGAAUCCGGCGGCGGGACUGGCCGCUGCAAACUCCACAAAACUUUCGGAUAAGUCAUUUCUACUCGAAUGGUGGCUAUUAUUUUGGGAUCUUUAUUCGGCGGCACCAGAACGACGGGAUGCUGGAGGCGAUCCGUUCUCGGCGGAGGCUAAAUAUUUCCACGAGGCGAUGAUCGGAAUGCCACCAGGAAUGAAUGGACAUUUUGCUCCACCACCAAUGGGAAUGGAAAUGAUGGGUGGUCAUCCAGGAGCAUUUGGCGGCCGAUUUGCACCCGGACGAAUGCCUCCAGGCGCAAUGGCACCUGGAGGUAUGCCUCCAGGUGCCUUCCCAAUGUUUCCACCGGAUCCACGAUUACAACGAAUGGCGCCGAAUCAAGGAAUGCGAAUGCCACCGCCACCAGUUGGACAACCAUUCCCUGGAGCUGUUGGAAUGCCGAGGCCCGUUGGUCCCGGAGCACCGAUGGAUAUGUCCGGAAUGCAACGUUUCGACUUCAUGGGCGGCCCCCCACCCGGCGGUGGUGCUCAACCAUUCCCCGGAGCCAGCGGUAGCGGCGGCAUGAUGCCCAACGGAGCCCAUCCCCAUAUGUCUCUAAACUCUCCGAGUAUGGGGGUACCCCCUGCCGAUAUGCCUCCAUUCAUGGGAAUGCCUCCGAUGCCACCGACCAGCAGUUCAGCGAUGCCGUUCGGCAUGUCUUCUGAUCAUCAACCAAUGUCUGCAGGUCCAGCAGCAGCAGCUCCCGGAGCCACCACCGCCGGUGGUCCAGGAACUCCUGGAAUGAUUGGAUCAGUUCCAGGACCUGGAAGUGUUCCACAGGUGGCUACGACGUCUGUAGGAUCAGUUGGAACACCAUCAUCAAUCGGACAGCAGCUACAUCAGCCGAAGCAAGAGAUUACGACGAAUGGAGAAGAAAUAAUGAAGACUGAAGCUUUGACACCGACGGGUGGAGGUGGAGGUGGAAGUGUUCCACCACCACCACCGGCGGCCACAGCAGCAGUGUCAAUGAACGGAGGAGGUCCAGGAUCGGCGCCGGGCUCCGCGCAUAGUGUGAAUAAUAAUGUUAAUCCGGGAACGCCGGGUAGUAAUCCGUUGAGCAAUCCGAUGAGUAAUCCACCAUUAUCAUCUGGGCCACCGCCGCCGGGUAGUAAUGAUGCGUUUGGGAAGGACGACAAUGGCGAAAUUUCAAAAAUACGAGAAGGUCUCCUAGAUGGAUUUUGUGCAUAGUGUGAGAGCCACCACGAAAAACCUUCUUUUGUGUAUUUUUGGUGCCAAAGGGUAGAAAAAUUGGCAUUUAUUAAUUUUUUUUUCAUUUUUUUUGAUUUCUUGUGGUUUUUGUACUCCCCUGCCUUAAAAAACGCCAAAAAUGACCUAUUUCGGUGAUUUUUUAUUCAAUUAAUCGAUAAUUUUUUUCAAAUUUUUCAAAUUUUUUCCCUACGUAAACUCUCAAAAUGGUGCAAUUUUCCCUAUUUUUAUUGUAAAAUUUUUUUGAAAAAAAACAUCUCACAUCUUUUCCAUAUUCUCUCUCUGUUCCAUCGAAAAUCCCCCCACCGCGAACUGAUCUUCAAAAUUAUUUAGCCCCUCAAAAAUUCAUUUUUUCUUUCUUCUAAAAGUCCUCUAAUUUGCAUAAUUCUCAUUGAUUGUAUAUUUGUAAAACCCCCCUCCUACCCCCCUCACCACCACCACCAGCUUCAUCAUAAUUUAUUUAUUAAAGUAGAGUUAAUUGGCGGGAUUUUGCUUCAAAAAUUCCAAAAAAAAAAAAGACUAAAAUUGUGAAAAAAUCGCUUAAAAAUUCAAAUUUUGACUGAAAACUCAAUUUUUUACUAAAAAUUCAAAUUUCCAGCAGAAAAAUUCAAAUUUUGACUGAAAAACUCAAUUUUUGGCAGAAAAUUCAAAUUUUGACUGAAAAAUUCAAAUUUUGACUGAAAAAUUCAAAUUUUGGCUGAAAAAUUCAAAUUUUGACUGAAAACCCAAUUUUUUACUAAAAAUUCAAAUUUUGACUGAAAAAUUCAAAUUUUGACUGAAAAAUUCAAAUUUUGACUUAAAAAUUCAAAUUUUGACAGAAAAAUUCAAAUUUUUGACUGAAAAAUUCAAAUUUUGGCUGAAAAAUUCAAAUUUUGACUGAAAACCCAAUUUUUUACUAAAAAUUCAAAUUUUGACUGAAAAAUUCAAAUUUUGACUGAAAAAUUCAAAUUUUGACUUAAAAAUUCAAUUUUUUACUGGAAAAUUCAAAUUUUGGCAGAAAACUGGUUUUUUUUCAAAAAAUUCCAACGAAAAAAUCAAAAACUCUUUAUUAGAAUGGUCCGACCAAUCAGCGCAUCGCUCCGCCCACUUUUGGACCAAUCAGCGCGUUCGAACGCGUUGAUUGGUUCAUAAAGUGGGCGGCGGAGCGAUGCGCUGAUUGGUCGGGGGGAGUUCUUAUUUAGGAGGAAAUUAGCCAAAAUCGGAAAUAUCGGUUGAAUUUUUCAAUAUUUUGGGAUUUUUUGAAGCAAAAAUCCCCUCAAUUCACGCUACUUUUUCGCCUUAAAAUUCAAUUUUUUAAGAAUUUAAUGAUUUUUUUUCCUAAACUAACCCCAAAAAUAUCCCAGUUUUUUCCCCAAUUUUCUCAGAUUUUUACUUAUAUUCCACCCAACUUUAACUUAUUAAAUAUCCAUACCCUACUAGAUACGUUUUGGUGUCUUUUUGUCCAAAGAUUUUUGAAAAAAAUAAUGUGCAAAAAAUAAACAAAAUAAUUCAUUUU